AUGGCGAGCGACCAGAGCAAAAAGCCUGCCGUGCUGAUUGUUGGAGGACUCGGGUUCAUCGGUCGUCAUCUGGCCCUUUACAUACAUGAAAACAACCUGGCAUCGGAAGUGAGAAUCGUCGACAAAGUCCUUCCUCAACUGGCUUGGUUAGCCCCUGAAUUCCAGGAGGCUUGCUCUAAAGAUAAGUUCGUUCAAGCGGACGCUAGCCGGGAACAGCAUUUCCCGCGUGUCUUUGAUCGGGCCAACGGCGAACAAUUUGACUACGUAAUCAACUGUGGAGGCGAGACAAGGCACUCACAACCCGACGAUGUAUAUGAGCUUCGCAAUUACAACCUCACCGUGGCCUUAGCUCGUGAGGUGGCCCGUCGAGGAAUCCGUUCUUAUGUCGAAUGCUCCACCGCCCACGUUUACAAGUCCGCAUCAUCGCCACGGAAGGAGGAUGACAAGCUCCAGCCAUGGCAUAAGCUGGCAAAGUGGAAGAUGAAGGCUAGUGACGAAAUCAGCAAAGUCCCUGGCCUCAACUAUUGCUUAUUGCGCCUGCCACAUGUUUACGGAGAAUACUGCUCGGGCUUUUUUGCCAUGGGAGUAUGCCUCGCACGAGUACAUCUUGAAAUGGAGAAGGACCUAGAGCUUCUUUAUACCGGAGACGUCAAGAUGAACACCCUAUACGUCAAAGAUGCAGCCAGUGCCCUGUGGAAGUCCGCCGAGUGGAGGGCAACCGCUCCGACGGACGGUUCGGCUCCCAUUGCUUUCAACGUGGUUGACCACGGCAAUACUCGUCAGCAGGACAUUGCCGAUGCGCUAUCUACUAUAUUUGGUCUCAAGUGCUCAUUCCUGGGAUCGUUGGUCUCGCAGUUUGCCAAGCUUAACCUCGACGAUGUGAUAGACGACAUGAACGAGGAAUGUCUGCAGGUCUGGGCAGAAUUGAUGGAACAGAAAAAGAUUGACGCCCAGGUCCGAUCAGCCCUUUCCUAG